CAUUCCUUGGCAGUUAGUGUGCAUUUACUGCGUGCUCCUCCUCACCCUCCCACUCUCUCUUUCUCUCUCUUUUCUUCCAUUUUUCUGCUAACCUCCUCUCUGUUGUCUUUGAAAUCUGAGAUUUUUCCAGGCAUUUUCGUGUGUUGUUGGUGCUUUGCUUGGUCUUCGUGUUAUUCGGAUUGCUGGUGCUUGUUAAUUCCAGAGUGGAAAUUUGCUGGCCGGACGGAAGUGGUGACAGGGCAUGGUCAGGUGCAAACACAUUACGAAAAUGGUUUAAUUUUGAACGGCUGCUUGCGUGUUCGGUUGUGUGUAUGUGAGGGAGUGCAGGGAAGUUCUUUCGGAGCUUAGAGCUUCUGUAUGCAGUAGAGAAGUUUCCGAGCUAAGAUAAUACUAUAUAAUAAGCGCAUGUACCUUGGGCUACGAAAAGAUCAGUUGCAUAGGUAGUUUCAUGUCGGAAAUUCGCAGAGGAGGAGACUUUCCACAGCCCAGUUAAAAAAAUUGACUUCAAUUGCUGCAGUUGUGGAAAAUCGAUUGUUGCUAAUUAGGCCCGUUCAACAGUGAGAUGAUUGAGAUUGAAUCAUGCCCUUCGCGGGUUCUAUUUCCUCUCCGCGAGGAAAGUGGUGAUGAAGAGCUCUCUGUUCUUCCUAGGCAUACCAAGGUUAUUGUGACUGGAAAUAACAGAACAAAGAGCGUUUUGGUGGGUUUGCAAGGAGUUGUGAAGAAAGCUGUUGGGCUCGGUGGUUGGCAUUGGCUGGUAUUGAAGAACGGAGUUGAGGUCAAGCUUCAAAGAAAUGCAUUGAGUGUUUUAGAACAUCCUACUGGAAAUGAGGAAGAUUAUGAUCUUGAUGAUUCUAGCAGUGGUUCUGAUGCUGGUGAGAAGGAACGCAAUCGCAUCUCAGCAACUGGAUUUCACUUUAGCAAGAUAAGCAAGCCAAAGGUUCGGUAUAGUAGGCCUUGGUUUCCUUCAGCAUCCACAAAGUUCAUAAAUCGCAACAGUUGCAGAGAAGUUCAUACCAAAUGCAAUUCCAGUCAGUUGCGAGUUAAUGUGGCGAAGCUUGGAAUUGGAUCGCUGUGGAGAUACUGGCGAAGCUUCCAUCUGGCCAAUAUCACUCCUAACCCUACAAAAGAACAAUUGGUUAACAUGGUUCAACAGCACUUCACCUCACAGAAAGUGGACGAGGUACAAGUAAUCCUGAAGUUCAUACAGGCUGCUAAGAGACUGCAUUCAGCUGGAAAAGAUUGAGUUUGGAGCUACCCAGGUUGCCUAAUUGCCUGUCAUAUAUAUAUAUAUAUAAUGUCUAUAUGUAGUAGUAGCUAACUAUUUACAUGGAUACUGACUCUUGACUGCUAAUGUAGAGGGAUACCUGCAGGUUUAUGUGUGUGUGUGUUUGUGUGCCAGUGUUAACUAUCUUACUUUGACUCUCCACCUUGUAUUUAUGGCUCUUUUACCCCCCUAGCUAAUAUUAUGCAUGCCAUUCCAUACUGGUGCCUUAA